AGCCGUUUUUUGAUCGAGCUUGGGUGCCCCAGGGUCUGCUGCUACACGUUGUAAGAAUCCGCGCGCGACCUUGACUUCUGCUCUCUCUCUCUCUCUCGACAAUGGCCCUGUGUUCCCAGGGAGGCGCGGCGGCGCCCGACCUCCACGGCCUCGACGGCGCCCCGGGCUGCUGCACGCCCCUCCCCGGAGGCCUGGCGGCCCUGAGCGCGGCGGGCUUCGUGGCGCCGCCCGGCCUGGCCGCGCCCGCCGGCUUUGCCCCGCCGCCGGGCCUCACGCUGCCGCCCGGCUUCCAGGCGCCGCCGGGGCUGGCCGCGCCCGGCGAGGGCUGCGCGAGCGCGCCGGAGAGGUUCACCGUGCCCCCCGCCCCGGUCCGGGAGUGGAACUCCCGGGGCAUCGUCCGCCAGCUGAACUCGAAGGCCAAGAGGCUCACCAUCGAGCCGUGCCCCUGCCCAGGUGUCUACUGAGGGCUCGCGCCCUCCAGUGACGCGCGGCAUCAUCGCGCUCCUCUCUGGCUCUUGCCUCCUCUGUCUCUCCCCCUCCUCUGUCUGAGUGCCGAGCACGCCCGACGUUGACCGCGCGCUCGCUGGCGAGCUGCCAGAUAUAUACACCUCCACGGCAGGGCCUCGCCGCACCGACGGGGUCGGCAGCGCCGAUCGGGUGGGCCUUUUGAAGUCAGCCUGUUGGAGCUCAACCCGGCGAGCUGCAGCAGCAAGUCCUCGCCCUUCGUCCUCUCUCUUUUCGGGGGCGCCCUCGCCUGAGGACCCAGGCGGAGCUGCGCCGCAAGCAGAAGCGGCGAUCUCGCAAUUCGGCUCUCCGCACUCGGGCCCUCCAGGGCAGCCUCUGCGCUGGUGCUGCUUCCAACAGAGAAGAGCAGGAACGGCCGUUGUUCCAAUCGCCAGCACAUGAUCGCCACCGAUCUGACAGAUGGUGGGCCUUCGAAUUUCAGAGUCUUUUAUUCUCGUCGUCUCCAUGCGGUCCGGAGUGGUCAAGCGGAUAUUUAGCGUGACGUUUUAUCCAAUCUCACACGUGGAUGUCAAUCCUGUUACGCGGCUGUAGUUUUCGGCAAUGGCGACGAGCCUCAGGGCUUUCGCCGCCCCGCGUUAGGAGUGCUUGGCCUUAGGUAUGCAGUCCUGGCCGCUCAGAACGCUUAUUGCAGCAUUGGCUUGUGGUGGUUGGUUCGAUGUUGUGCAAGUAGUGCAUCUCGAAGUGUGUGCGUGUGUUGAUUGAGAGCCUCGCGCGCUCCUCUUCUUCCGCCUGCCUGAAUCAUUACACUGCGAAGCUGCGCGCGCGGACGGUGCGCCAAAAAGUGUGCGCAUAUCUGUGUGCCAGAACCACGCGCGCUAGCGCGCUUAGAUUAUAGCAUGCUCCAGUUGUAGUCUAGAGUGUUCGUUCAGCGCACUCGUGCACACGCGUUCCGCAGCAGCCAUCAUUCCGCGUUGCCCCGCGGCGCGCAGUGUAUGAAGAGAGACCCG